CGAAACUCAAAAUACGGAAGUCGUUAAUACUAGUGCAUUAUUAUGAAUGAUGUAGUUGUGGUGGCAUAUCCUUGCUGGAUUCAUUGCGAACCCAAAAGCCUACAUAUUAUAAACAAUUAACUGUAUACUAUAUCACCAUUACUAUGACAAGUAAACCAUAAUUAACUAUGGUUUGAGAUCACUGGCUACAUUGAUGAUUGUGUUAUGAUGUGAUCAUACAUCCCAUUUCAUUUUGCUAUGACAGAUAUUAAAACAACUGGACGUUUUUGUGUUCAGAAAUAUUGGAUGUGAUGUAUGUUAGGAAACUUUGGAUUUUGUGUGCAUGUUGGGAUCAUAUUCAACAUUGCUGAUGUGCUUUUGAAAAUCAUAAGGAUGGUGCCAGUUCAUGCAGCAUGCCUAUCUCAUUGAAGGACACUGGAUAGCCAGGUGUCCACCAUCUGUAUACUACAUACCUGACUUUAUCACAAAAGAAGAAGAAGAGUAUCUCACUAACAAUGUGUAUGCAGCUCCGAAACCCAAGUGGACACAGCUUUCCAACAGAAGAUUACAAAACUGGGGUGGUCUUCCCCACCCAAAGGGAAUGGUUUGUGAAGAACUACCACAAUGGCUGCAGAAAUAUGCCAAAACGAUAGCUGAAUUGGGAACAUUUGAAGACAAAAUUCCGAACCAUGUAUUAGUCAAUGAAUACAAGGCUGGGCAGGGAAUAAUGCCUCAUGAAGAUGGCAAUCUCUUCUAUCCCACUGUGUCGACCAUUUCUCUGGGCUCUCACACUCUCUUAGACUUCUAUUAUCACCUGCAGGAUCACUCUUCUCAAGAAAAUGAACACAUACAGAGUUUGACAUCAUUUGAAGACCGUUAUUUUAUGUCUUUGCUGCUUCAACCUAGAAGCCUGGUGUUAGUUCAGAGUGACAUGUACAAACUUCACCUUCAUGGGAUUGCCGAAAGAACAGAAGACCACAUUACUGAAAGUGUUUCUAACUUAGACUUCUGCCCUGGUGUCAAUUUGGGGGAUGUGUUGAAACGUGGUACAAGAAUAUCAUUAACAAUUCGCUAUGUUCCAAAAGUGCUAAAAGUAAAACUCAUGCUUGGAAAGAAAAGAUGAAAAAUAAAGACUUUUCAUUUUA